AUGUUUCUAUCAUCUCUUGGAGCACGAUAUAGAUGUAGAGGAUUUUUCAAUCGAAUGCCACCAUGUAAUUUAUUUAUUAAUGUGGAAAGAGAUCAAUUUUUUAUGAGAACCAACGGUUUGAUAUCUGCUUAUGUCAAGCGCAAUUUAUAUGCCAUGAAAAGUAAUUAUCGACAACGUAAUAGUGUUAGGUUUAGAAUGAAUAAUUAUGCUCAUGAUGCGUUUGAUCAAAAUACAGCACGAAAAAUUUGUGCAGUAUAUAGAGUCGCUUAUAAACUUCCAACAUAUAUUAGAUUUUACUAA